AUGCUCAACUCCACUGCCGUGAUCACCAACGAGACGGCGCCCUUGCUCAACGACACUUGCGAGGAUGGGCUCCUCCUUGCCGGACCGCUCCGCACGCACCGCAACGCCCUGAUCUACAUGGCGGCGUUGCUCUGGACGUUCCUCGGCGUCGCGAUCGCAGCCGACGCCUUUAUGCUUGGCAUCGAAACGAUCACGUCGCAGGAGCAGGCAAAGACCGUGGUCGUCGACGGGAGGAAGCGCGUCUACUCCCUCAAAAUCUGGAAUGCCACCGUCGCCAACCUCACCCUCAUGGCUCUCGGCUCGAGCGCGCCAGAGAUCCUCCUCUCGCUCAUCGAGAUUGUCUCUUCGGGCUUCUACUCGGGAGAGCUCGGACCCUCGACCAUCGUCGGCUCUGCCGCCUUCAACCUCUUCAUCAUCGCCGCUGUAUGCGUCGUCGCCGUCGCGGCACCAAAAAAGGUGGCAGACACGGGCGUUUUCUCCAUCACCGCCGCCGCCUCGGUGUUUGCAUAUGUGUGGCUCGCCUACAUCCUCCUCGUCUCGUCGCCAAACGUCAUCGAGGUGUGGGAGGGUGCCGCCACGCUCGCCUUCUUCCCGCUCCUCGUCUGGCUCUCGCAUAGAUGCGGAAUACGUGUCCCGCCUCCCACCCUCUCCGCCCAGCUGCGCACUAUGCUCGCCUACCUCGCCGACGUCGGGGCCUUCUCGUGCCCCGACAAGGCGCGGCCGGCGACGCACGUGGUGGUCGCCUUCACCCGCGACGGAAAGCCGAUCAGGCACCGCAGCUUCGCGCGCGAAGCUGCAACGCAAUGGGCGCGCGGCGACUUGGCGCGCGAGCUGCAGCGCAUGGAUCCCGACGCGGCAGACGGGACGAGCGACGCGCAGGGCCUCGCCUCGUACCUCGCCUCCUCGCUAGGCACCCUCAGGUCGCGGGCCGCGUACCGGGUCGCCACGACGCGAGGGGCGACGGGAGUGGCAGCGCCGCAGGCGAGGGCGGCAGCGGAACAGGAGGUCGCACCGCCGCCGUCGGCGGCAGUCCUGUCGUUUGCGGUUAGCGGUGCGGCCUUCUCUGAGGGUGCCAAGGAGGCGAGCCUUGUGGUGGAGCGGUCCGGGGAGGAGCUCGCGAGGGAGCUCGACUGGGAGGGGAGCGUCGAGUACGAGUCUCGGGACGGCACCGCGCACGCGGGCCAAGACUACACCGCCGUGUCUGGCCGCCUCUGCUUCGCGCGCGGGCAGCGUUCGGCCGUCCUCGCGGUGCCUCUGCUCGACGACGAGGUGGCGGAGGAGGACGAAACCUUCUUUCACCGCCCCUCCGCCGGCGCACGGCUAGGGCGGCGGAGCACGAUGGCGGUGACCAUCAUCGACGACGACGGCCCGGGCGAGGUCACCUUCGCCGUCGCGGAGACGCGGGUGCGCGAGUCGCAGCGCGUGGCGGUGCUCGAGGUCGAGCGCAAGCGCGGCGUGCAGGGCGCCGUCUCCGUCGGCUGGCGCACCGCCGACGGCACCGCCCUCGCCUCGCGCGACUACGUCCCCGGCCGCGGGCGGCUCACCUUCGCGCCGGGCGUGACGCGCGCCGCGAUCGAGGUGGAGAUCAUCGACGACGGCGCUUACGACCUCGCCGACGAGAGCUUCGCCGUCGUCCUCGACGAGCCGGGCGGCGGCGCCUCGCUCGGCGAGAUCGGCCGCGCGGUGGUUGUCAUCGAGAGCGACGACGAGCGGCGCGCGCUCGUCAAGCAGGUCGCCAGCCUCAUGUCCCUCAACGUGGACGCGAUGCAGCUCGCCGGCGCUUCGUGGCGCGAGCAGCUCGCAGAGGCCGUCACCUUCGAGCCGCCCCGCCAGGCCACCACCGCGCGCGCCCUCGACGGACCCCUCCUCGGCGGCGCCUCUCCGCCCGCCGCCUUGUCGCUCAGCUGCCCGUUCGCGUUUGCCGGCUUCGCGCUGGCCUUGCCGUGGCGCCUCCUCUUCGCGCUCACCCCUCCUCCGCGCGUGGCCGGCGGCUGGGCUUGUUUCUUCGUCGCGCUGGUCGGCAUCGGAGUCAUCACCGCGCUGGUCGGCGACCUCGCCGCGCACAUGGGUUGCUGCCUCGGCAUGAAGCCCGCCGUCACCGCCAUCACCUUUGUCGCGCUCGGCACCUCCCUCCCCGACACCUUCGCAUCGCGCACCGCCGCCGUCAAGGAGAGAGAGCGGCACGCGGACUCGUCGAUCGGCAACAUCACCGGCUCCAACUCGGUCAACGUCUUCCUCGGCCUCGGCCUGCCGUGGCUGGCGGCGGCGCUCUUCUGGGCCUCACCGCGAGGCGCCGCGCAGGAGGCGAGCUGGCGCGACCGCUACCGCGGCGAGGCGUGGUACUCGGAGGCGAUGCCCGUCGCCUUUGUAGUGGCCAGCGGCGACCUCGGCUUCUCGGUCGCCGUCUUCACCGUGCUCGCCCUCGUCUGCCUCGCCGUGCUCGUGGCGCGCCGCGCUACCGUCGGAGGAGAGCUGGGCGGCGGGGCGGCCUCCAAGUACUCGACCGCCACCCUCUUCACGGCACUCUGGCUGGGGUACAUCUGGCUCUCAAUCGCAAAGACCGAGGGCGACCCGCGGCUCGCGCGCCUGCUGCAGCAGCUGCCGCCGCAGGCGCGGGCGCUGCUCGGCGCGUGAGGAGGGGUGCGGGAGAGGGCAGGCGCGCACGGGCGGGGGCCGAGUCUCCCGGGAGGCGGGAGGCACACACUCCACACUAGAGCGUGAGGCACGUUAGGAGGUGUGGUUUAGUAGUUCGUCGCGGGAGUAUUUUGUUGUGCACUAUGCACUGUAUACGUUACUGUGAGUAUUGUUUAUUGAUAUUGUGCGCUCAUGUGAGAGA